UGACGAGAAAAAAAAAACUCACUUUAAACCAGCGAAGAAGAAACUAAACGUCAACAGGAAGAAGCUGGUGGAGCUGCCGCCACUAAAGCUUCCAAGCAUGGCAGGCCGAAAGGCUCUGAAGGCCGUGCUCAUCGACCUGAGUGGAACUCUUCACAUAGAAGACACAGCGGUACCAGGGGCACAGGAUGCUCUGAAUAGGUUACGGCAGGCUUCUUUAGCUGUGAAAUUUGUGACCAAUACAACAAAGGAGAGUAAGAGGAACUUAGUGGUACGACUGCAGCGUCUCAACUUCAACCUCCAGGAACAGGAAGUCUUCACCUCACUGAGUGCCGCAAGGAGUUUGUUAUUGCAGAAACAACACAGACCGCUUUUGCUAGUGGAGGACAGCGCAAUGGAAGAUUUCACUGGUAUUGACACGUCGGAGCCAAAUGCUGUUGUUAUUGGACUUGCUCCUGAUCACUUCAACUACCAAAUGCUCAACAAGGCUUUCAGAUUAAUUCUCAGUGGCGCUCCUCUCAUCGCCAUUCAUAAGGCCCGGUACUACAAACGUAUGGAUGGUUUGGCCUUGGGCCCCGGGCCCUUUGUGACGGGACUUGAAUAUGCCACAGACUGUAAAGCUACUGUAGUGGGGAAGCCAGAAAAUACUUUUUUCUUGCAGGCUCUGUCUGAUUUAGGGUGUAGGCCAGAUGAAGCCAUCAUGAUAGGAGAUGAUGCCAGAGAUGAUGUAGGUGGGGCUCAGAACACAGGAAUGUUGGGAAUUCUGGUCAGGACAGGUAAAUACAGAGAAGGAGAUGAGAACAAAAUCAACCCUCCUCCCCACCUGACAUGUGACAGUUUUCCAGAUGCUGUUGAACACAUCCUGAAGAACCUCCUAUAGGCUUGUAACUUCAGAAGUCUACAGCCUACAUUCUCUUUCCCAAUCUUUAAUUCCAACAUGAAUGGUCUAACAGACACUUGUAACUGUUUUAGAUUUAAUGUGAUUUAACAGUGGAGGGAAGUAAAUUAUUCAAUAAUGAACCUCAUUGUAGACUUUCUUUGUUAUUCCCUUCCUUCCUAUCAUCAUUAUAAAGGAAGACAAGCAGUCCUCUUACCUAAUGAGUCUGACCUAUCAUCGCAUUAAAACAAAGUUUUACACAAACAGUCAAGUUGAAAGCCUCUUUAUAAUUAAAGAUGACAAAAACAAAAGUAAGAAUUCAUAUUUCAAAAGAUACUACCUUUUUUUACCCUUUAAACAACUACUUUCAAUGCAUCAUAUAAUGUGUGACGUGUGAAAAAAAUGUUCCGCUGGUGUCUGCUGUCAAGUGUGUCUUUGUGAUGCUUAUUUUACAGAUAAAACAAAUGAAUAAAGACUACAUUGAAAAUUG